AUGCCUGUCGGAAUACACAACUUCCUCCCGUCGUCUAUGGCGUCGGAGUGCAAGAAAUGCAGCAAGAUCUUGGCAUCAUUCGUUGAUCCACGACAGUCCUUCGCCCCCGACAAAGUCAUCCCCCCCAGCGUCCUCGCAAACGCAAAGGGCCUCGCGAUCAUCACCGUCCUCAAAGCCGGCUUCCUAGGCUCGGCACGCUACGGAAACGGGAUUGUGGUGGCACGACUGUCUGACGGGACGUGGUCUGCCCCUUCAGCGAUCGGACUAGGCGGUGCGGGAUUCGGCGGACAAAUCGGCUUCGAACUCACGGACUUCGUGUUCGUCCUCAACGAUGCAUCGGCCGUAAAGGCAUUCUCACAACAGGGCUCCCUCACACUCGGCGGCAACGUGUCCCUCGCCGCCGGACCAAUCGGUCGUAAUGCCGAAGCAGCCGGCGCAGCGAGUUUAAAGGGGGUAGCAGGCGUGUUCAGUUACUCGAAAACCAAAGGUCUAUUCGCCGGCGUCUCACUAGAGGGAUCCGCAAUCGUAGAGCGUCGAGACGCAAACGAGAAGCUCUACGGCCAGCGCUUCACAGCCGCCCAGCUGAUGGAAGGAAGUGUGCGUCCACCCCCCGCCGCGCAGCCGCUCAUGCAGGUGCUGAACUCGCGGGUCUUCGCCGGCGCGGGAAGCACAGACGCGAUGUACAACGACAUCCCCGUCUACGACAACAACCAAGACGACGUGGUGUGGGAGGGCCGCUCGGGGUCCGCAUACAACGAGGGCGUAAGUCGUGAUCGGGGCGGUAGCGUAAAUAAUGAUAACGGGCGGGACUCGUACGGGGCGCCGAAGCGCGCGAGUACUUGGGCGGAUGACGUGUAUGACCCGCCUAGCAGACAGGGGUCGCGACGUAGCCAGACUGCGGAGGACUAUGAGUACCAGGAUACGCCGUUCAGACAGCCGUCGGGGAGGGUUGGGCCGGGGAGGCCGGCGGCGCCGAAGCCGGCGUUUGCGGGGAAGGCGGGGGGGUUGAGGGAGGAUCAGGCGGUGGCGCUGUUUACGUUUGAUGCGGAUCAGCCGGGGGAUUUGGGGUUUAAGAAGGGGGAUGUUAUUACGGUUACGAAGAAGACGGAGAAGGCGGAGGAUUGGUGGACUGGAACUCUAAACGGCAAAUCGGGAAUCUUCCCUAGCAACUACGUGGAGAUGAAGAAGUAG